CCAGUCUGAACUCAGUGUCUUCACUUCAUCUGCGAUACUUCGUAAUCUUCAACUCAAACAUGACCAGCAACUAUUACAACCCAAACAUGAGCAGCAACUUAGGAAGCACCAGAACAAAUGAUGAGGAGCUGAGGAUAGUGAUUGUGGGGAAGACUGGAAUUGGGAAGAGUGCCACUGGAAACACCAUUCUGGGACGAGAGUGCUUUGAAUCAAAGUUCAGUGCAAAGUCCAUGACUGUAGACUGUUCUAAGGGCAAAGCUGAGGUGGAUGGGCAACAGGUUGCCGUCAUUGACACCCCGGGCCUGUUUGACACCAGGGUUGGUAUAGAAAAAACGACUACAGAUAUAUGCCAGUGCAUCUCUUACGCUUCUCCUGGACCCCAUGUGUUCCUGGUGACCAUCAGGUUGGGCAGAUACACUGAAGAGGAACAGCAGACUGUGCAAAUGAUUCAAGAAAUCUUUGGCCAGGCUGCAGACAGAUACAGCAUGGUUCUCUUUACUGGUGGUGACCUUCUUGAAGACACCACUGUUGAGGACUUCUUGAAUGGCAGCCCAGAACUUCAAGAACUCGUGGGCAGAUGUAACGGCCAGUACCAUGUCUUCAACAACAAGGAGAAGAAGGAUCGCUCUCAGGUCACUGAGCUGCUCCAGAAGAUCAGAAAUAUAGUCCAGAGGAACGGAGGAAGCCACUACACCACCGAGAUGUUCCAAGAGGCUGAGAGGGCAAUUGAAGAGGAGAAACAACGCAUCCUGAAAGAGAAGGAAGAGCAAAUACAGAAAGAAAGAGAGGAACUUGAAAGGAAAAUUCAAGAUAAAUAUGAAAAAGAAAUGGAGAAAAUAAAUGAGAAACUCCAGGCCGAGAGAGAGAGGGAGAUGAAAGAGAUAGAGGAGGAGACGAAGAGGGAGAAGGAGGAGAUGAAUGAGGAAAGAAAGAGGGAGAGGGAAGAGCUAGAAAGACAGAGACAGAGAGAGCGUGAGGAGAGAGAAAAGGAGAAAAAUGAGCUAACUGAACAGUAUGAGAAAGACUUGAGAGAGGAAAGACAAAAGUUGCAGUCCAGAUGUGAAAAGGAGGCCAGGGAUGAAGCUGAGGGGUUUAAUCCAUUAGCUCAUCUGGUAUAUCAUGUUGAAAUUAUAGCUGGAGCACUUCUACAAUUUGCAAGGGCAUUUAAGCGCUUGUUCAAGUGAGUGUUCCCAAAUUCAGGCUGUUUAACUACAGAGGAACCAUCCAGAUGCUCCGACACAGGAACAAAGUAUAAAAUAUAAAGAAAUCCACACAGAAAUAUAAUCACAAUUUCUUUUUCCCCAAUUAUUUGAGUGAACAAAGCAAAUUUUAUUUGUUGUUGAUUUGAGCUAUAUACACUGCAGGUUAGGAAGGCUAAGUCACUCAUCAUAACAUAGUUUCAAAUUACCAUCUAGUGUUCUUUUUACAUGAGUAGGCCUAUGUGACUAUGACAUAAGGAGAUAUUUGUGUGUAUAUCAACAUUUGCCAGUAUAAAAUGUUGCAUAUCAUUUAUAUUUUAAGAUGAUAUCAGAACUCAAGCUAGGUUUUACAUUAAAUGACCUAUUAUUUUAAGUUCUCAUUUUUUGUAUUUUAAAUCACUGCCCUUUUUCCCCCCUGCAGACAGAGAUCUCAUCAAAGUCUGUCUUCUGAUGCUUUUAGGUGCGUUUGACUCAUAGGUUUGACUUCAUGAGGCGCAUUUGCAACUCACGUUAGACCAAGUCGGCGAAAGUCAGCCGCAGUCAUCUCGAACGUACCUUUUGUCUUUUGCUGAGAGGUGGCGCCACCUAGUGGGUUCACAAUAUAAACAGUAUACCAUUUUCACUCUGGUUUUGGUUAAUUGAAUUUAUUGUAACUAUAGCAUUUUGUCCUUCAUUGGUUUAUGUUUACAUAUGCCACUCAAGAACAACUGUGCGCAUGUGCAUGGGAUGGCGAUGAGCAAUGUGUCCCUGAGCAAGACACUAAACCCCUAGUUGCUUCAGAGGCGUGCGACCUCUGACAUAUAGAGCAAUUGUAAGUCGGUUUGGAUAAAAGCAUCAGCUAAAGGAAUUAAUGUAAUGUGCUGAACUGAACUAGAAAUAAAGAUGUCAUAUUAAGACCAAA